AUGGCAGCCGUCCCGCGUAUCUCACCCCAUGUCCUGCUCCUAGGAGGUCAUGGCAAGGUCGCUAUGCUCUUAACCCCGCUCCUCCUGGCGCGCAACUGGAACGUGACGAGUGUGGUUCGCAAUCCAGAACAUGAGCCUGAGAUUCUCAAUCUGGGAAAAGGACAGAAGGGGAAAGUGGAGGUGUUGUUGUCCAGUCUAGAAGAAGUCAAGCAGCCCGCGGAUGCGAAGAAGAUCUUGGAUACGGUUAAGCCGGAUUAUGUCGUUUGGUCAGCUGGAGCCGGCGGAAAAGGCGGUCCGGAACGAACAUACGCCAUCGACCAAGACGCCGCAAAACACUUCAUCAACGCCUCAUUCUCCUACCCAAGCGUGACCAAAUUCCUCCUCAUCUCUCACCUCGGCAGCCGCCGGAACAAAGCCCGCUGGAUGUCCGACGAAGACUGGGCGCACAUCGUCCACCUCGACACGCAGGCCCUUCCGACCUACGCGCGAGCCAAGCUCGAAGCCGACGAAUACUUCACUGCCCUAGCAGCGAAGCGGAAGCAGGAAGGGGGACACUUCCAGGCGAUUAACCUGCGCCCGGGCCUAUUGGACGAUAACAAGGCGACGGGGAAAGUGCAAUUGGGCCAUACGAAGGCCGUGGGGACGGUGUCGAGGGAGGAUGUCGCUAUUGUAGCGGAUAGGUUGUUGGCGAGGGCGGAUACGGAGGGGUGGAUUGACUUGAUGGAGGGGGAUGAACCUGUUGAUGAGGCGAUUGAGAGGGUGGUGAGGGAGAAGAUUGAUGCGGUGGAAGGAGAGGAUGUGGAGGCGAUGAUUAAGAGAUUCUCUUGA